UUCAAGCUGAAACACAUUAAGAGUUACUCCACCACCUACGUCUGUUAUUUUAUUUUGCCCACCACUUCUCCUAUUUCCGGUUCAGAUUUUACGUCAAGACGUCAGUUUAACGUAAGAGAGCGUCGUGGAUACGGUCCGUCCGAUAUUAUCCUCCCCGACUGUCAGCGUGGAGCUCAGAAAGUUGCCGUGAAAAGCAUAAAAACAGUAAAUAAAUGCUGCUUUUUAACCGACAGUCUGUCACCGUGGAGUGACGUGAGACGGCAUUAGUAGCCAUGGCAACAGAAGAGGGCCGUAAAGCCGAGUUAGAGGCCGGGUUUUCUGUAAGUGAUGAAGAAAUGAAGAAGUGGAUGUCGAGAGCUUUUGAAAUGGCCAGGGAGGCUCUGCAGGGCGGCGAGGUUCCGGUCGGAUGCCUGCUGGUCCACAGACAGGAAGUGGUGGGGAAGGGCCGGAACGAGGUCAACGAGACCAAAAACGCGACGCGUCACGCUGAGAUGGUCGCCUUGGACCAGCUGCUGGACUGGUGUCGCUGUGGCAACCUGGACGUGAGGGGCGUGUGCGAGCGAACGGUGCUGUAUGUGACGGUGGAGCCGUGCGUGAUGUGCGCCGCAGCCCUGCGCCUCAUGAGUAUCCUGGUGUGUGAGUGUGUGUGUCGGUGUGUGUCAGUGUGUGUGAGUGUGUGUUGGUCCUUGACUCUUCAGACGUCCCUCUGGUCGUCUACGGCUGCAGCAACGAGCGAUUUGGAGGCUGCGGCUCGGUUCUGGACGUCUCCUCUGCUGAGCUUCCUGACACCGGGACGACCUUCAGGUGUGUUCCAGGUCACAGAGCAGAGGAAGCUGUUGAGAUGCUGAAAACUUUCUACAAACAGGAG